AUGAGGCAGUUGCGGGUCGAACGUGACGUCAUCAGUUACAGUUCUGGAAUCUGCGCGUGCGAGAAGGGUGGUCAGUGGCAGGAGGCGUUGUCGCUGAUCGGCGAGAUGCCAAGCACGAUUCUGGAGCCAACCGCCUUUGGCUACAACUCUGGGAUCAGCGUGUGCGGGGCACGCGCGCUGUGGCAGGAGGGGCUCUCGCUGCUCUUCGGGCUGCGAAGGGCGGCGCUGGAGCCCGACGCGGUCAGCUACAACGCGGGGAUCGGCGCCUGCGAGACGGGCGAGAGCGGUGGCAGCAGCCGCUGCCGCCGCUCGGGUAGGCCGAGCAGGAGCGCCGACGACAGCCGCACAGCCUAG